AUGCAGAACAUACUGGAUCAGGAGUUGCAGCUGAUUGACGACUUGCCCAAGCCAGGACUCACCUGGGUGGAAUACAGCGCCUACGCAUUGGGAAUUAACAUAGCGCCAAGGAAACGAAGUUCGCGUCCCUGCGGAUUCCUAAGAGUAUUUGCUUUGCUAGUGAAUUUAAGCAUUAUAUAUAGCCUCAUUCAAUUCAUCAUGGAAAAUUACACGGUGUCCUUUGAAGCUUAUGUGGAGGCUGUUCUACUUUCUUUUCAGCUUUCGGUGGGAUUAGUAAAAAUGAUGUACUUUCACAAUUAUAUGGAUUCUUGUGCGGAACUUGUAUACACCACCGAAACAGGUGAUGUGCUCAAGAACUUGGGGCUGUUUGAAUUGGAUUUACCCAAUAAACGGAUAUUACGCAAGUCACUGGGUUCCAUAUUAUCCAAAAACUGGCAAGAUAUUGAUCGACAGGUCAUGUUCUUUUUUAAGAUUGUCUGCAUGCCUGUGCUGUACUAUACAAUGCGACCCUACUUUCAAUAUGUCUACGAUUGUUACAUAAUACACGACACUUGUGAGAUGACUUUAACUUAUCCAGCAAUUGUGCCAUUUAUAAAGCUGGGCAAAUACGAGUUUCCCUCGUAUUCCGUUCGUUUUUUCCUGCUACAGUCUGGACCCUUUUGGUGUUUCUUUGCUGUAUUUGGCUUCAACAGUCUGUUUGUUGUGCUCACCAGAUACGAGGCGUGUCUUAUAAAGAUUCUACGUUAUUUGGUGCAACACUCUACAUGCGAUUCGGUGGUUCCAAAGUCUUUAAGAGUGCCUUAUUUACGCUGCUGUGCUCGACUCUUUGCACGCAUCUCAAGACAUCAUGCCCAAAUCGAGAACCUCUUCAAAUACAUCAUUCUUGUACAAUGCGUCAUAAGCAGCAUCUUGAUAUGCAUGUUGCUUUAUAAGAUCAGCACUAUUAUGGAAGUGGGCUGGGUUUGGAUGGGCAUGAUUAUGGUCUAUUUGGUAACUAUAACUCUUGAAAUCAGUUUAUACAAUGUCAAUGCUCAAAAAGUAGAAACGCAGAGCGAAUUACUCUUCUACGAUUGGUAUAACUGUGCCUGGUAUAAUGAAUCCGAAGACUUUAAGUUCAUCAUCAAGCUGAUGCUGAUGUUCUCUAGAAAAACGUUUGUGCUCAGCGUGGGCGGAUUUACAAAUUUGUCACACAAGUUUCUGGUGCAGGUCUUUCGCACCAGUGGAAAUUUCUUUCUACUGUUGAGAAACAUGAAUAACAAAUAAGCAUAAAUUACAUUUAUAGAUUAC